AUGCAGAGAAGAACUUUGCAAAUCAAAAUUAAGUAAAUAUGCUAAAGUCUGAUGAAGAAUUUAUAAUAGUAUUAUUUGGCUAGUGAAUCUGAAGAAAUAUCGAAUGUAAUUUAAAGAAGUUCAAUCACAAAAUUCUAUAACAAAUAUUUGAUUGAAAGAUUGAAAAUGAGGUGGAAAGUCUUUUAAUAUCGUACUUAAAAGGUAAAGAAGUUUUAACGAGGGAUAUAAAAUGUAAAUAUGGAAAGCAAUAUCAUGAACAUAUGCUAUUAAAUGUCAGAUAAGAAUUUAAAAAGAUUUGUUUUAGAAUAAUAAUGUAAAUAAACAAAAAAGAUUGAUUAUGCUUAUUAUAGAACGGAUGAAAUCUACACUUAAAUUAUAAAGAAUAAUGAUAAAAUAAUAGUAUUAUUAUAAUAGUUGAAAGAACAGAUGUUUUACUUCAAAUCCUCAACUGAAGAGUCUUAAAUAGCCAAAAAGAAUUUCCCUUUCAAUUAUUAAAUAUAAAAUUAUUUUGUCUCUAACUUGAAGAUAGAAUUUAGAAGAAAGUCUUACCUCAUUCUGAAUGACUGUAGUAAAAUCGUCAAGUAGAAUUAGACAAAUUACAAGAAUAUAUUAAUCAAAAUUUUGUACCCAAAAACAAAUUAGUUCUAUUGA